AUGUUAAAGUCUAAAAGUGAAAUAAAUUUAUUUGCUAAAAUAUCUGAAAAUAAAAGUAAAUUACGUCGUCCAAAUACUACAAGUGGAGGAAAUUUAACAAUUAAAAAAUUAAAAUCGCCAAUUCGUUCAUCACAUAAAAGUAGACAACAACAAAAAAGAACAUUCUCUUUUGAUAAUAAAAAUGAUAAGCAAUUAUUUAAAAAAGAAAUAAAUUCAAUAAAUAAUCCAACAUUGUUAGAAUAUAUUAUUAAAUCUUUUGAAUUUACAAAUGAUUCUUUGUGUUUGUUUGUAUUUUGUAAAUUAAUUAAUGGAUAUAUUGAAUAUUGCGAGAUUUCAGUUAAACAAAAUCGUUUACGUUUUCUUGUCAAAUUAGAUUUAAUUAGCCAUCUUUUACGUGUUAUUCGAAAACGUUUUGAGUUUUUUGAAAAAUGGGAAAUUUUAGAUAAUUUAAUUGUUGACUUUUUGGCAAAAAUAAUUUUGUUAAUUUCCGAAAAAGUUAGAAAUGCUCAAAUUUUGACUUCCGAACAUAAUUUUAUUAAACGCUUUGUCAAUACUUUGGAUGUCUUUAAUUCUUAUUCAAUAAAUUGUGAGAAUAUUUGGAUUUAA